AUGACUCCCUUCAUUUUCUCCCUGAGCAACCCGUUCCGCCCUGCUCAGGUUUGCCCGCUUUGCUCAGGAGCUGCCGGGGGGGCCACCCCCUCCUGGCCGAGGCCCCUCGGGUGGUUGCCGGGCUCCGCGGGUGCGGGAUCUAUAGCUCCUAGCGCCAGUGAGUGUGAGGCCCCGCUGCAGCCUCCCAUUGUGAUGUUUGCAUACAAGCAACAGUCGGCAGAGUUGCUGCGGCUUGUGCCCUUGCGAUUUGUUAUUCUGAGAGAGGAGAGUCAAACUCCCACCUCCAGCUCUGGAAGGAGCUUUUCCCGAGGGCACUACAAAGAGGCUCCUUUUCCUUCAGAUCAGCAGUAUCAGGUAAGGGAAACUCUGAAUGGGAAAGGCGGCGUGGAAAAGAAGACAUAUCCUAAAAAUGCUACUACGCAAUAUUAUCCAAGAGAAUUCUCAGAAGAGGAAAAAGAGACACUCAAACAAUCAAAGCCUUUGGUUGAUUUUCUUAACAAUGCAUCCAUAAGUGUUGAAAUAGCCCUGCAGCAAAAUGAAAUCACGAACACAUUUAUUGAUGACUGGAAACACCUCGCAGAAGAAGAAGGCACCUUUGGGGACAAGACUGAUACCCACCUGAAAGAGUACCAGUCCUUUACCGACCUUCAUAGCCCAAUGGAGAAAAUGAUUACCUGUGUCUCAUGGCAUCCAACUAUCUAUGGGCUAAUAGCUGUGUCGGUGGCUGUGCGACUUUCUUUUGAAGACAGAGUUCACUUUUCUGGUAAAUUAUUGCUGCAGCCAUCACUGAUUCUUUUCUGGAGCUUCUCUGAUCCUAUACAUCCUCAGUUAAUGCUGGAGAGCCCAGAUGACAUCUUCUGCUUCAAGUUCUGUCCGAGUGAUCCUAAUAUCAUUGCUGGAGGCUGUAUCAAUGGGCAGAUUGUCAUGUGGGAUAUCACCGCACAUGCAGAUCGCAUAGUAAACGUUAAGGCAGGUGGUAGUAGAAGUAAAAAAGCCACACUGAAGCCUAUGUUUCUCCUUGAACCGGAGAGUAAUAAAGAAGCAAUGUAUAUCAGACACUGUGCAGUCUCUUCAAUAGAAAAUGGACAUAAGAAAGUAAUUACAGAUAUACACUGGCUGUCUGACACAUUUGAGAUUAACAGAAUGGGCUCCGUCUUUGAGAAUCGAAGUGGAAUAUGCUGUCAACUUGUCACAUGUUCAGCAGAUUGCACAAUAUGUUUUUGGGAUAUUAGACCACAGAAACCUUUAACUCCCCAAACAAUAGAGAAAAAGAAGGAAGAAAGUAUUGAAAUUCCUUUUGAUGUGCCAUCUACUUUUUUGCAUCUAGAUCUCUCCUGGAAACCUCUCACUAAGGUAAGGCUGUCCAAGGGUGAAACAAGUUUAGACCACUGUCCAACCAAGAUAAGCCUGAAAGAAGAUCAUCUUCUUUGCAAAACACAAGACAAAGUGUUAGCACAGAGCAAAACAGCGAAGGCAGAAGAAAUGAACCCAUACCAUAAUCUGGACAGUGGGAUGCCCAAUCUUCUCAAGCCAAUAGAUGACUUCUGCACAAAGUUCUUCGUGGGAACAGAGGAAGGCGAAGUGAUAUACACAGAUUGGAAAAUGGAAAAAGACCCUGAAACUGGCCGAUUUAUGCCAAAGAAGCCAGUGAGCCUCCACACCAUUCAUGACGGAAUUGUCCACACUAUUCAGAGAUCACCUUUCUACGACGACAUUAUUCUCACAGUUGGGGGUUGGAACGUGGCCAUAUGGAAAGAAAGUGUUAUGACUGGACCCCUCCUUCAGUCAUGCUGUGCACCAAAAAGGUACACCUCAGGCCACUGGUCCCUGACUCGGCCCGGAGUUUUCUAUAUCGGCCGAGAAGAUGGAUAUAUUGAUAUCUGGGACCUUCUGGAGAAAACCCAUGAACCGGCCCAGUCUCAAAACAUUUGCAUAACUAUGAUCACCUGCAUCAAACCCUGGAUCUUUUCUCCUAAACAGCAAUUUAUAGCCAUAGCUGAUUAUUAUGGAACACUGCAUAUAUUAGAAAUUCCUUGGACAUUAACUCGCCCUUCCACCAAUGAGAUGACAAGUAUUAACCACUACUUUGAAAGAGAAGUCAAGCAUCUGGAAUACGUAGAACAGCGCAAAAAAAUUCGUGAGCAAGAAAAGAAAGAAAUGGAACAAGAAAUGGCGAAGAAAAAAGUUAAAAUAUAUCAGAAGUCAAAAGAACAAAUGGAGGCUGAAUUAAAAAUGGACUAUGAGAGUUAUCUGGAACUGGAAAAGACUGUUCUUAUCAACCUUGGCCUAAUCAAAGUCACAGAAAAGGGGUCAUACUCGGAUGUGGUGUAA